CAGCUAUGAAAGAUACAAACUGUAUCCAAGCCUCUAUGUCCCACCAUCUCGAUUUCGCAGAGGUCUCGCGCCAGGCAAGGCGUAUUGUUGACGCGAAUAGAGCGCAAAGUAUUCUCGAACAUACUGUGAAGAGGACCAUCUUUGCCGCGCCAAUACGUAUCUGACCUCGCCGCAGGCAAGUACUAGUACAGGGCAAGGCAAGAUCAAGUAUACCCGCACGACCACUGGCUGCACCCCAUGCCGCUCAAAGAAGGUCAAAUGCGACGAAACCAUCCCAGCUUGCCUUCGGUGUGUGGCUUCACAAACAGUAUGCGUUUAUCCGUUACCAAAAGCUGCGGGGACCCGAGGAACCAAGCGAAAGAGUGUUGGCGGCCGUGAAUCUGUGCCAGCUGAACUGAAUGGAGAGCCCGCGGGGACGACUCGUCUUCGACUUGAGGAUGAUCUGCGGCGAACGACCGCUGGGCCGGUCGACUCUGCGAUGUUGGUGACUCCAAGAAGUGCAAGCCGUCUGGAUAUAGCUGAGGGUGAGGUGAGAAGAAAAGACAGGUUCGCGAGCAGCCAGUCCUCUCGCAUCGCUUUGGGAGAUGCCUCAAUAUCUCCUCAGACUGAUAUGACUGGGCUAGGUGUAUCACCUGACAUGGGGUCAGCGGUGCAACAUAUUGCGACGACAGAUUUCUCAUUUCUUGACGAAUUCAUCCCCUUUGUGGGUCCGACAUCGAAACCAUCCUCAUCUACCGGUGUCCAUCGCGCUUCCUCUAUGUCUCAGCCAUAUCAGCCACAUAUUGGAGACCUGAACAAGUCUCUGUUGAUAAAUCGGCGCUUGCUCAAGCAUGCGCACAACUCUCAAGAGCAGUCGAAAGAACGCACUCCUAGUGCUCCGCCACCUCCUCCUCACCCGAGAUUGCAGUUGGUCGAAUCAAUACUGUUCGCCUAUGAUACGGACGAGACCCUUUUCGAAUUCGGCCCCUCCCAUCGCGAUCACAACCUCUCCAACAACUCCUUGACUUUCGGCAUCGUCGACGUUCUGUCCAACGCCUUCCCCUCUCCCACUUCCCGCAUGCUUUUUCACCACUACUGCAAUAUCGCCUCGCGAAUUCUUGUCACCAUGGGAAAUAUUGGGCCAAAUCCCCUGCUCGCGUUCUGCACGCCAGACCGACUACUGGACACGAACUCGGCAGCGAGUGCAGCGGUGCGGAUGAGCAUGCUUAGUACGGGAGUAGCGCACUUUACGCACGAGACUUCUGAUGCAGUUGGGCCAGCGGAGCUGGGCGUUGGGUGGGAAGGACAGCGCAAAAAGUUGAAAGAAUUGGGCAACAAAUUCAAGAGAGCGGCGCUGGCAAACAUAACUCUCGCUGCGAAAGUGGAGACUGGAGAUGAACAAUUGGAUAGUAUCCUCGCAGCGUGCACUUUGGUUUGCAUCCGAGAUGUAAUCAGUGCAGACUCAUCAUGGCGAGACAAUCUGGAGUUUGCCCUCAGCCUGAUCAGCAAAAAAGGGGGACCACAGGCAAUGCUUCAGGGUCCUGGAUAUUCCUUCACCCGGCGCUACCUUUUGGAGAACCUUGCAACGCACGAUGUCUUUUCAUCUUUCGUGACUGGAAAGGAGCCAUCUCUGUUGGGCAACUCUGAUUCAUGGUGGUUCGACAGCGUAGAAACUUCUCAGACACGCUGGGAAUGGGAAUCGGUCGAGCGGUCGUUCGGUAUCUCCAGAGCCAUGGUUGAUCUCAUGGCAAGAAUUGUCUCUGUCGACUCUCAAAAACGACGGUUGGGCGUCUCACUCUCGCACCAAACGCGAGAGAUGUGGGAGGUGACACAGCACUUUGAGAGGGAAGCGCACUGUCUUCUGUUGGAGCUUGAUAUCUGGGGAAACAGUCUCAACGCUUUGCCGCAGAAUGCCAGGGUCACUUGUGGAGACUACAUUUACAAGUAUGCUGGUGUAGUCUUUUUGUUGGCCGAUGUUUUGGAGAAACCACCUACCACUCCACGGAUAGUCAAUUCAAUCAAUUACAUAUUGGAGCUGCUAUCGGAAGCUUCUGCCAUGAGGAUGGCUGUCAUGCUAGUCUGGCCGUUACUCAUCGCCGGCGUCUUUUGUGGAAAGGACGUCCGGCAAAAAGUCGGUGAACUUUUUGAUGCGUUUCAAUCUGAUUACUGUGAAGACCUUCAAGUAGCUCGUGAGUUACUGGAGGAGCAGUGGAGGUGUAUUGAUACAGGGAAAGGCAAGCAGCGUUGGAGCACGAUUAUGGAGAAGCUGGGUCGCUACGUGUUGCUAAUUUAAAAUGUGCUUCGUAUGAUGAGAUGCGGCCUGCGGAUGUCAAAUGCACAUAUCAGAUUGGAGUCAGCACACCGCACGGCAUUCCCUCGACUGGCCGAGGCUCAAAGUAUCUGUGACAGUCGAAAAGCCGGUCUAGCAGCC